CUCCUUAUUUCAAUUCAAAGUGAUAAUGUAUUAGCUACUGCAAUUGCAAGUGAAGCCUGUUUUUGCCCAUUUUCAGUUUCAUUCCUCUGAGCAAAUUAUCAGAUAAUCAAGUUCAAUUAGAAUUUCAGUUAGACAUUCCAAGAAUUCGUGGCACAAAAUUUACACAUGCUGCGUGUAAGUUUAUUCUAACCUCCACCUCUCCACUGUCUUCUCAACUUAGUAAUGCCUCGGCCACAACGCUUCUCUCUCUUUCAACCGCAUUAGCAUAGCACAAGAGCAUUCUCCAUGGCACCAACCCGAAGCAAAGAUAGCACACAAGCAAUGGGACUUUCUGACGGGGAAUUAUCACUCACAUUUGAAAAAUCAACCUUUCUUGUCAACAACUACCCGAUUCUCAAACAAGUCCCUAACAACAUUGUUGUUACAUCAUCACCUUCCAUUUCUGCCGGAGAUACCAAAAACACAACAGGCUGCUUCUUGGGUUUUGAUGCGGCUGAGCCUAACAGUCGGCAUGUUGCACCUAUUGGCGAACUUACUGGCAUAAGGUUCAUGAGUAUAUUUAGGUUCAAACCGUGGUGGAGCACUCACUGGAUUGGCCAAAAUGGAAAAGAUGUGGAGGUCGAGACCCAGAUGAUGAUUUUGGACAAAAACCAUUCUGGUCGGCCUUAUGUUCUUCUACUCCCACUUAUUGAAGGGUCCUUCAGGUCUUCACUUCAGGCUGGGGUUGAUAACUACGUAGAUAUCUGUGUAGAAAGUGGAUCUAGUCAGGUGUGUGAAUCUAGGUUUAGAACUUUUUUAUAUAUGCAUGUCGGCUAUGAUCCAUAUAGGCUUGUUAGGGAUGCCAUGAAAGUGGUUAGAGUCCACUUGGGUAGUUUUAGGCUUUUGGAAGAGAAAACACCGCCAAGUAUUCUGGACAAAUUUGGUUGGUGCACUUGGGAUGCAGUUUACCGUGAGGUCGAUCCUAAAUCUGUAAGAGAUGGGGUGAAGGGACUAGCAGAAGGAGGGUGCCCUCCACAGUGGGUACUUAUUGAUGAUGGUUGGCAAUCUAUAUGCCAUGAUGACCAAGAUCCAAUUCUUGAUACAGAAGGCAUGGAUAGAAUGGUUGCUGGAACCACUGGCGCGAAUGAGAGUCCUAGAUUGAAAACUUUUGAGUUCAAUUAUAAAUUUAGAGACUAUGAGAGUCCUAGGGUGCCCUCUAAUAAGGGUAUGGGUGCUUUUAUUAGGGAUCUCAAAGAGGAAUUUAGGACUGUGGAUAAUGUAUAUGUUUGGCAUGCAUUGCUUGGAUAUUGGGGCGGGGUUAGACCCAAUGCGCCAGGCAUGCCUGAGUCUAAUGUCGUUGUUCCUAGAUUAUCACAAGGCUUGAAGAAGUCGAUGGAUGAUUUGGCUGUGAACAACAUACUGACGUGUGGACUUGGUUUUGUCCCACCGGAGCUGGCUUAUAGGCUAUACGAUGGGCUUCACUCUCAUCUUGUAUCCGAAGGGAUUGAUGGUGUCAAGAUUGAUGCAAUUCAUUUGCUAGAGAUGAUAUCAGAGGAUAAUGGGGGGCGAGUGGAAAUUGCCAGAGCUUAUUACAAGGCACUGAGUGAUUCUGUGAGGAGAUAUUUCAAUGGAAAUGGUGUUGUUGCUAGCAUGGAGCAAGGCAAUGACUUCAUGUUCCUAGGAACCGAGGUCAUAUCCCUUGGGCGUGCUGGGGAUGAUUUUUGGGUCACUGACCCUGCAGGGGACCCACGUGGGUCAUUUUGGCUACAAGGGUGUCAUAUGGUGCACUGUGCCUAUAAUAGCCUGUGGCUAGCCAAUUUCAUAUACCCAGAUUGGGACAUGUUUCAAACUACUCACCCUUUAGCAGAAUUUCAUGCUGCAUCAAGGGCCAUUUCUGGAGGACCAAUUUAUAUAAGCGACCGUAUAGGAGAACACAACUUCAAGCUGCUAAAGAGGCUGAUGUUGCCGGAUGGUUCCAUCCUACGUUGCCAAUCUUAUGCACUUCCUACUAGAGAUUGCCUAUUUGAUGACCCUUUACACGAUGGAAAAACAAUGCUUAAGAUUUGGAACCUCAACAGAUAUACAGGAAUGCUUGGACUGUUUAAUUGUCAAGGAGGAGGAUGGUGCUGUAUUUCAAGAAGACACAAAGGUGAACCCAAGUUUUCAAAUAGGUUAGACUGUUUGGCAAGUCCCAAAGAUAUUGAAUGGAAAAAUGGAAAUGUCAACCCAGUUCCUCAGAUACAAGGAGAUACCACAUUUGCCGUGUACUCAUUCCUGGAAGAGAAGCUGAAGCUGAUGAAGCUAACAGAAAGAUUAGAGUUCUCACUCGAGCCAUUUACUUAUGAACUACUUACAGUUUCUCCAGUGCACUUCUUGACAGGGAAAUUAAUAAAAUUUGCUCCAAUUGGAUUAGUGAAUAUGCUGAAUUCUGGUGGUGCAAUUCAGAGCCUGGACUAUGAGGAGAGUGAAAGUCGGGUUAAGAUUGAAGUGAAGGGGAGUGGGGAAAUGAGAAUGUUUGCGUCAGAAGAGCCAAGAACAUGCAGGAUCGAUGGCGCAGGUGUGGAGUUCUGUUAUGAUGAUUAUAUGAUCAGCAUUCAAGUGCCCUGGCCGCCUGGAUUUUCUUUAAUUGAAUACUUGUUCUGAAUUGGAGUAUAACUAUCUUCAGAAUUUCUUUCUUGCCUUUUAAGUAGUGAUAAUAAAUAGUGGGAUUAGAGUAAUAUCUCGAAUAAAAAGAAUCCCUUCAAUCUCA